AUGGCCACCAGCCAGUCGUCCGCCGCAUCAGACGAGCCUCUCGCCAGCACCUCCCAUUCGCGAUCCUGCAAGGUCAAUGACAAGCAGUACACCAUCACAGCCGACACCAGAGUCUUCAAGAACGACGACUUCACCUGCUGCACAGACUAUGAAACCGACCUGUACAUCCAAGAGGCAGGUGGCCAGCGUCUAAAGCUCGGAACCGUGUUGAACCUUCCUGCCGACUACGAAGGCGACGUCCGGGUCCACGCAUCCAAGAAGGACAAGUUGACAGACACUCAGAAGAUCUUUCAACUUUUGUUCGACCGCACCAGCCAAAAGCCGAAGGAACGCUUCGAUGAAGAUUUCAGAAACCUUCUCAACUCCAAAAAUCUCCACUUCAUCGCCUUCUUCUGCCUGGAACCAGAGUUGCGAAGAAAGGGAUUGGCCAAGGAGGCGAUGCUCACCUACUUGGACGGCAUCGACCAGAUGGGCGGCGAAUACGGCUACCAAGGCGUAGUCUUUCUCUCACCCGGGCCGAUCACAGACGAGACCGACAAGAUGAAGGACGCCGGCCAGAAGGUGAAGUCCUUUGUCGAGACCGUGGCAGACCUGAUGCUGUCCUACUCAAAGGCGGGCUAUGAAAGCCUCUUUGAAGAGUACAAAGACCUCCACGGCGGCAUCACGAUCAUGAUUCGCACCACCAGCCAGGUCGAUCAAGACGAUGAUGGUGAUGUGGAAAUGAGCGAUGUGGAGGAGGGAGCUUCAAGACAGGGAAGUGUGCCAAGGCCUGCGGUGACAAGAAGGAGCGAGGACUUGAGCAUUGUGGUGGAAGCGCUGAGCGGAGAAGAAAGCGAGCUGGUGCGCCAGACGCUUGCAGCAGCAGAAGAGGAGGAAGAACUUCUCGUCUACAACGCCGACGCCAUCGAACAUGACAGUACAUCCGCAGCCAUCGUUGCCGAAACCAGCGAAACCAACCCUAUUCCAACCACCUCCAGUCGUGCGAUCAAUAGCCCCCCACCCCUGCCUCAACCACCCCGUAGAUCCACACGACGAGCCCAACAGAGAUCAAACGAUCCACGUGAUGGAACACGACGAGGGAUCUCGGAUCGUGAGAUUGCCAAUCUUGAAGAGUACAUCGACAAUCCCGAUCCACGGACAGGUGUGUUCGAACACGACAACUACGUUAUGUACCGUUGGCGUGGUCGUUGGUAUCUACUUGAGAGGGACACUCCCGAGGAGUGGACAGCAGGAGCGAUGCUGCGGAGGUUCACCGCUGGACGUCUGGUGUGGGAGGGAAACGAGGCAGAGACCGUCUCAGAAGUCAACAUAUUGUCCCUACAAAGACAUGUCUCACCAGGUUGCUUUGUCUCCGCGAAAAUAUCAACAAGCCUGCCGGCGCAUAUCGAACUUGGCUCCUCGUGCUUCGAAGAAUAUCCCUCUGCGACCCCUGUGGUCGUUUUGCCAUCGAAGAACCAAACCUCAACCAGAAGAAUGGCGAUUCGCAAGCGGACAGCAACGACCGCAGGCCUGGAGCCCGGUCCCUCCGACCCUCCGCAGACGAGACGAACGACUCAAAUCGGCAGCGCCCAGGUGGUAGAGCACCACACCAUCCAAGGCGAGGACUGCCGAAUCACCGUCGAUGUCACCUCCACCCAGCAUCGACAGGACCCUCCUUGCGUGAAGACCAUCCAUGCAGCGUUCUCGCUUCGCCGGCCGAAGAAACCAAUCGUGCAACUCGGCUUCCUCGAGGGUGAAAUCGUCGACAAGUCCUACAAGGAGAUGGAUUGUGACACUGCGGCUUGGCUCAAGCUUCUCACCCCACCGACGGACUACGAUGGUAAUCUCAAGACCUUCGCCAUCGAAGGUGACAAAGUGACUGACUUCCAGAAGGCCCUCAUCGCACUCCACACCCAGAAAGGUGAGUUGCGAUCCGACUUCGCACACAUCAAAGACCAGUUCUCGUCGGACAAGAUCAACUACAUCUGUCACUUCGAGCUGAAGCCCGCGUUCCACGGUGGGGGGUUCUCUCAGAUCGUGAUGGCAGGAUACCUCACUGCCCUCGGCAAGCUCGACCACGGUCACGGGUUCGAGGGAAUCGUCCUCCUCUCUCCAGCCGGCAUCGUCUCUGCCACCGUAGCCAAGGAGAAGAUAGCUAAAAGGGCUCUGGACUGGUUCGAGAUCGUGGAGAUGCUGAUAGCCUUCUACACCAGGUGCGGGUACGAGACCAUCCUUCGUGCAAAGAAGGAUUUGAAGAAGGGCAUGUCAAUCACGGGCCAAAUCAUCCCUCGCCCCACCGCUGGUCUCCCGACUUCCACGAUAUUCCCCCCGCGGCCGAAGAAGACCAAGUCCGAGGCCGAAGUUGAUGCUCUCAAGAUCGAAAUCCCCGACAAAUCUCUCACGACUGCGGCGGCUGACAAGUCCUACCUCUGGCACGGCCGGUACUACGCACGCACUCCCGACACCGACCCAGCCUGGAUUGCGGAAGGCCAAAGAGGCCCACGCCGCGUCCAGCACACUCACGGACUCAUCGAUCCCACCAAGGAAUACACCGUUCGCGCCAUCGUCGCGGAGACAACUACGCACUACUUGAUCAAGUGGGAAGAUGACGCGGCCACAGGUGAGUCGUACGACGAUACGUGGGAGCCAAUGGGCAACGCUAACGCCGCUGCAGUUGCCGAUUGGGAGGCUGGCAAGAGCGAGGUCGUGGUUGGUGACGACGAUGGGGAGAGUGCUGGUGAGUUGUAG